CUAUGACAUUGAAAGUUGAAAUUGUAUCAGCUGCAAACGAAGCUUGAAAUAUUUACAAAAUUCCAAAAAACUAAACAUUAUGUACUAAUAUUAUAACCACUGACAGUAAAUGUUACUCGUGAUUUUAUGAAAUGAUAAUGCUUCCAUUUUUGGCAUGCACUGCUUUUUUAGAUUUAAAAGUUACAUACAAACAUUGUAGUUAUCUGGGCAUUUUAUUCGUAAUAGUAUCUCGAAGGUUUGUUAUUGAAUGACGUGUAAUGUUUCCAACGGCGAAUACUGAAGAUAUUACACAGGUCACGUCACUAUCAGAGAAACAUAGUACGGAUAGCGAUGCACAAAACUCUUCCGAAAAUUCGCAAGUUUCAUUACAACAAAAUAACAGGGAGUUAACAUUAAAUAUGUUACUCAAAGAGAUGGUAUUCUGCGUCACCCUUGCGCUUACUACUUAUGGAGCUUUGCAUAAUACAUCUACAAAAGUGUCCAAGCACCCACAGGCAUAUAAAUUCUUUGGACCAGAGUCUGUUGUUACUGACUGGUACAAAGGGGAGUUGAGCAGUGCCAUUAACAAAGUCAAUAAUGUUGAUGUUUCAUUUGUUAUGUAUUAUGCUCCUUGGGAUGCUGAAUCUCAAUAUGUAAGGGGAGAGUUUGAAAAAACGGCUAUGGUCUUAAAAGACAGAGUACAUUUUGCUGCAAUUAACUGUUGGAAUCCUGGUAGUGAAUGCAGGCUGUUACACAAUAAGAUACCAUCAUGGCCCAUUUUAAUUGUGUAUACUGUGAACACCAAAGGAAUAUUUUAUAAAGGGCCAAAAGAUACAUACAGCAUGUUGAACUUUUUAGAAUUAAUAAUGAAGCCCUUAAAGAGAGUGUCAUCAACCCAAGAUUUAAUUAAUUUAUUGUCUAUGUGUGAUGCAGUAGCAGUGGGCUAUACUCCAUUAGCAGAUACAUCAAAAUAUUACAACAUAUGGUACAAUGUUGCCCUUAAAAUUCGGGAAUAUGACACUGUAGGAGAAAUAUGCUUUGCAGCGGUAACAUCUGAAGAUCUAUCGGCCGAUCUUGGUGUGGAUAUCGUUCCUAAUGCACGGUUGAUGUUGUGGAAUGAUACAAAGGAAUACAUUUCGGAAGAUGCUAAUAUUCAAGUAUGGAAUGAACCAAGUCUCAUGAAUUGGGUAUUGGAGAAUUUCGCACAACCAGUCGCGAGAAUUAUUCCCAUGUGGAAGAAGUCGUUCAGUUUCGGAAGAUAUGUUGAUGGAAAUCCGAUUUUGAUAUUGUUUACUCCAAUGAAUCCUUUGUAUGAACAGCAGCCCUCAUAUGCUUUGUUACGCGAGGUGGCCAUGGAAUAUUACAACUGCAACAACAGAAACUACAGCGGUUCAUGGACAACGGAACUAAUUAAACUACAACAUAUACAACGUAUUUUAUAUCAACAGAAAAACUUUACGAAAUUUUGUGAAGAGUACAAAUUUAAGAAACGUCUAACAAAAUCGAAUAGUUACUACCGGAAGGACAUCCAAUCGCAUAACUACAAGUAUCCGUGGACGAAUACAACGCUAAAUCCUCAGAGAGGGAACGCAUUCAGUUUCCUCGGUAAACGCGGUCUUGAUAUUACCAAAGCUGCGAACAGCGGGGACGAUCACCACUUGUUUAGCUCGUUGGGAAUGUUGCACGAGUGCAGCCCCAGCAUGAUGUCGACGGCAGACAAAAGUUUCUACGGAACCCACGAACAGUGUCAGUCGAACGAAGAUAUUUUUAAUUGUGAAGAAGAAAUAGACGAAAACCUAGAGCGAGCACCAACAUCAAUGCUCCCGGACGAAGAUGAUCCUUUAUCGCCAGAAAAUCUCGUACAAGACAACGUGAAACAUUUCUGUAGAUUAAUGAAGUUUGCGAACGGUCACAGUCCUCCAUUAUAUUUCUCAAUGGAUCCCGAGGAAGAACGUAACGUAACUCGUAUAGAGGGAAUGUCGUGCGCGAAUAACUUUAGCCUGUACAUAUUGGCUGUUGACAGCAUACGAAAUCAUCAUUUCGCCGAAUCGCUCGGCGUGAACAUAACGAAUAAAAAGGACAUGACUUCGGCCGUUAUAUUGGAUAGUAAGCACGAGAGUCAGUACGUCCUAUCGGAAGACUACAAUGCGAAAUCAAUAAGGGAUUUCAUAGCGAACUUCACGCACAAACGGUUGAAGCGCUCCUUGCGUACGCACGUAGACGAUGCGGCGCACACGCACUACUUCGAGUCGAAUGCUUCGAAUGAAAAUGAAUCACAUGAAAAGACCGUUGAAAUUAUAAAUCUCACCACCAGAACGUUCCGGAGGAUUAUCCGGGAACCGGGAACUGUAACGGUGGUGGCGAUCUGCGGCGGCGCGUGCGGUGCGGUGACGAGCCGCGCCGUGGCGGAGGGCGUGCGGCUGCUGCGUGCGUGCGGGCUGGCCGCGCGCGCCGCCCGCCUGGACGCGCUGCGGCACGACCUGCCCUACCACUACACCGUCGACAAGUACCCCACUAUAUUCGUCUUCUCCGCCGACAGCAACAGAGUAGAGGCAGAGAGCGCAGUGUAUCCCGCAACACAGCGGGUGUGCGCGGGCGGUGUGGCCGCACUGGCGCUGCGGACGCGCCCCGCCCCCAUACACGCGCGACUCGCACUAGCGCUCUGCGCAGCCGUCGCUACUAACAUAGAAAAGAACAAGUGUCUGAAGGAAAUCAGGGAACACAUAACCGCAUUGAUCGGAAGGAACUUGAGGUACUGGCGGCGAACUGUGAACGAACUGCUGAAGAGGGCGCUCUUUAAAAGAUUACAGCACUUACAUCAAGUCUCAUUGAAGAUUAACCUGAUCCACAUAACUGAUCUCAGCGAGAACAGCAUGAAACAGGCGUCACUUAUAGAUUCACUUGUCGCUUUAUCAAAAAAUUGGGAAAUAGAUGAAACGAUUUUAAGACGAAACGUCGCUCACUCCGAUCUGAACAGUUGAUAUUGGCCUUUUAUUAAUGUAAAUAGUGUAAAUUGCUCAUCGUAUAGUUUUAUGUACGUUUACUAUUAUUUAUUUUUCAUUCGAGAGAAAUUAAACAAGAACUGUUGACCAAA